AUGGAUUCAAAUACACCAACAAAGAUGGAUUCAGCUACACCAAAGAAGAUGGAUUCAACUACGCCGAGAAAAAUGGAUUCGAGCAUAUCGAAGAAGAAGAAAAGAGUUUUCAGUCGGCGAGCAUGGAAUUUCUUGCGAUUUGCAUUGCUGUGGGCGAGGAAAGGCGGUGUGCUGAAACGGGGACUUAUGAUGGAGCUUCGGGUUCUACCAAAUUACUUAAAGAAUCUAAAACAUUCUCAUAAUCAUCAUAACCAAGACUUGAUUCGAUAUGGUGAACGUGAAUUAUCAUUUGAUGAAACUCCAUUGUUUCAGUUUAAAUCUAGACAUUCUUCAAUGAAAUUUCACUUACCUUGUAUAAAACCACAAGUCGAUUUUGAUUAUGAUUUUACGGGCGACGAUGAUAUUGUUGUUUAUAAACAAGAUAGUAGGAAGAGUUUCUUAAGAAAUGGAGAAGAAGAAGAACUGUACGAUUCAGAUUCUGAAAUCGGAUCAGAUAACAAUGGAUUCAGUUCUGUCAAUGUAGUCCAAAAUGAGGAAGAAGGAAUUGAUCUAAAAGCGGAGGAAUUCAUAUCUAAGUUUUAUGCACAGAUGAAGUUACAAAGACAGAUUUCGUAUUUACAAUAUACUGAGACGAUUACGAAAAGCACAGUUUGA